AUGAAUACAUGGGUCCUCAUGAUAGUACUCGUCUUCAUGAUGCUUGUAAUAGCAGGGCUGGUAACCUACUUUGGCUACCAUCAGUCCAAGCAACAGUUUCUCCCUGGUUAUGACGAAGAACGCAUGCAACAUGCUAGGGAAAACGAACAGAACCAAGGCGAUAAUUUCGAACUCUGGGGAAUUGGACUUUCAACAAACGUGCAUCCUGACAAUCGGCCAUAUGGGCAUCUUCACGCAGUACCGGCGAACAUGACGCCAGUGGCAGAUCCAGUCGCACCUCGUGUAGAUAUUGAACACCAGGUGAGAGAAGAUUUCCUCGCCCCGUCGGAGCGAGUGUUCAUGACGGCCGAGGCGGCAGACGAGAAUAAAUAUGGAAGACAUGACACUGUCGAGCAUUUCCAGGAUCAGCGGAUGCACGGUGCGCUUGGAGCAGGCACGAUGCGACAUGUCAACGCAGUGAACCCAGCCGAUGUUGAGUAUGCUGCUGGAGAACCAAUCGCAUCAGACAUCUGGAACAAGAUUAGCAACCGAGAAGUACGGGUUCCUCGGCGCAAAUGCCUGCAGAAGACGGCCAAACCCAAGGUUGUGACCAUUCGCGCUGUCACACCUGACGCUGAAGAUAGUGCAAUGCGCGGGCUAGGAAACAACUGA